AAUUGCAUUGCAAGCCAGUAUGAGUUAAAAUGUUCUGCGUAUAUUUCGGUGCGUUUUUAAUUAACUCUGCAUUCGCAGAUACAAUCGUAGACCUUCCAGAUGGAAAGGUCAGAGGCUACGAAAUAACAACGAACGAAAACAACAGGUUAGUCGCCUUCCUUGGGAUACCAUACGCAUCUCCGCCACUGGGAAACCUAAGAUUUCAGACUCCAACGCCGCCAAACCCUUGGGAGGGUAUUCGAGAGGCGAACCAAACAGGAGCGGCUUGCAUCGCGACUGCGCAUUUUCCUGGAGACCCUGAGCCUAGAGAGGAGAACGAAGACUGUUUGUACAUCAACGUGUACACCCCAGCCCACAAGAUCGCAGAAAAGUUGCCGGUACUCUUUUGGAUAUACGGCGGAGGCUUCGUGGGUGGUUUUUCGGACUACAGCUUUUACGCUCCGGAUUACUUAAUCCAGGAAGACGUCAUCGUCGUCACUUUUAACUAUCGCUUGGGUAUUUUCGGAUUUAUGUCGACUGGCGAUACGGAAAUUUUGGGAAACGCCGGUUUGAAAGAUCAGCUGUUUGCCUUGAAUUGGACCAAAGGAAAUAUCGGAUCCUUUGGUGGAGACCCAGACAAAAUUACCAUAUUUGGGCAAAGCGCAGGUGGAGGAUCUGUCGGUUUUCACCUUACGAAUAAAAAAUCCGCAGGAUUAUUCAGGGCUGCGAUUUGUCAAAGCGGAUGUUCCUUAAUGGGUAUGUCCGCUUUUUCAAAUCCCACAGCUUACGAGGUCGCGAAAGCAAUCGACAAUUCUAUUUCGGACAAAAAUUCCACUAGAGAAAUAAGAGAAUUUCUACAAAGUCAACCGGUAGAAGUUUUGUCAUCUCUCAACCAAAAUUCCGGAAUAGGGCAACGUUGUCCUAAAAACGUGUUACAGUCUGGCAUAACAAUGGAGGUGGAGGAUAAGGAUGCCUACAUUACAGAGCUCAAUUUUCCGUUAGUUCAAUCUGGAAAUAUUAAUCGACUUCCUUUAAUGAUCGGCACUACUUCCGAAGAAUCGCUGGGUUCUUUUUCUUCUCUACAGGUUGCGAGAGAUAAGGGAGUUGAUAUGGAUUCCGAUGUAACUAGUUUAAUACCAAACGAUCUCGUACCACUUCCGGGUUCCAAUCUAACGGAAAUAGGAUAUUUAAUUAAGGAAGCAUAUGUUGGAAAAGGUGGGAAAUUUGCUGAUAAUCCCAACCAGGUGGUAGAGUUUUCCAGUGAUGGUUUCGUCAGGCCAACACUGAAACAAGCCGAAUUGCAGUCGAAUUAUACUCCCGUUUAUAUGUAUCAGUUCUCAUUCUAUGGAACCAAGAGUGAAAAUCGUACCAUAAUACCAGGUGCUGGAAAGGUAGCCCACGCAGACGAAUUAGCUUAUCUCUUCAAGAUAUCUACAUUUCCUAUAACUACCGACGCCGAUUUAUUGACGAGACAAAGGAUGGUACGCCUCUGGGCUAACUUUGCCAAAACACUCAAUCCCACCCCUGAUCAAUCAGACCCGAUAUUGAACAUCACGUGGCCCCAAGUGAAUCCAAACGACAUCCGCUAUCUCGAUAUCGACACAAGUUUGACAGUAAAACCAAAUAGGAAAGUUAAAGAGUACGCUAUGUGGAACCGCGUCUUCUAUAAAUAUGGAACCCAGCCUUUUAUAGGUUUUUGAUGAAGUUUUUAAAUGUUGAAUAAAAUUCCUUUGAGUUUUAUUGA